CACCGGCACCGCCGGCUCAGCCCCGCGUCCCCGUUGCAGGUGACCUGGGUGUCUCGGGAAUGGGCCCGGCGGGCGGCGCUGCCGUCGCACGUGGUGACCAUGCUGGACAACUUCCCCACCAACCUGCACCCCAUGUCCCAGCUGAGCGCCGCCAUCACCGCGCUCAACAGCGAGAGCAAGUUCGCCCGCGCCUACGGCGAGGGCGUCCAUCGCGCCAAGUACUGGGAGUUUGUCUACGAGGACGCCAUGGACCUCAUUGCGAAGCUGCCGUGCGUGGCCGCCAAGAUCUACCGCAACCUGUACCGCGAGGGCAGCAGCAUCGGCGCCAUCGACCCCAACCUCGACUGGUCCCACAACUUCGCCAACAUGCUGGGCUACAGCGAGCCCCAGUUCAUCGAGCUCAUGCGCCUCUACCUCACCAUCCACAGUGACCAUGAGGGGGGGAACGUGAGCGCCCACACCAGCCACUUGGUCGGCAGCGCCUUGUCCGACCCCUACCUCGCCUUCGCCGCCGCCAUGAACGGGCUGGCAGGGCCCCUGCACGGCCUCGCCAACCAGGAGGUGCUGCUCUGGCUGACGGACCUGCAGAAGGAGCUGGGCAAGGAGGUGUCGGAUGAGAAGCUGCGGGAGUUCAUCUGGAACACGCUCAACUCGGGCAGGGUGGUGCCGGGCUACGGGCACGCGGUGCUGCGCAAGACGGACCCGCGCUACAGCUGCCAGCGGGAGUUCGCGCUCAAGCACCUGCCCCAGGACCCCCUCUUCAAGCUGGUGGCGCAGCUCUACAAGAUCGUCCCCAACGUGCUCCUGGAGCAGGGCAAGGCCAAGAACCCCUGGCCCAACGUGGACGCCCACAGCGGGGUCCUGCUGCAGUACUACGGCCUCAAGGAGAUGAAUUACUACACGGUGCUGUUCGGCGUCUCGCGGGCGCUGGGCGUCCUCUCGCAGCUCAUCUGGAGCCGGGCGCUGGGGUUCCCCUUGGAGCGCCCCAAGUCCAUGAGCACCAAGGGGCUCAUGCAGCUCGUGGGCUACAAAGCCGGGUAGGGCCGGGCCGGGGCCGCGGCUCCGCAGGGAACGCUGCCGGGAUG